GGGUGUUUUGGUUCCAGGCGCUCGCCGUCCUUCCCAGGCUCAGUCGUCGGAAAGCUGCUCGUUCCUGCUUCCCUUCCCCUCCCCUUUCCCUUUCCCGGCCCCAGUCCUCCCUCCCUCUUCCCUUCAGCUAGCCUUUCCUUCUACUAUCGCAGCGGUUCCCGGCCGUUUUUCAGGCCGGGCGAACUAAGGCUCGCGUCCCCCGGGCCCAGUAUAUGACCUGCCGCCCAGCUACCCCUCGCUUCCCCCGCCCCAUGUGGCUGCGGGGCCGCGGCGGAGCUGUUCGCUAUGGCCCGCAAAGCAGUUAGCAGGAAGCGGAAAGCGCCUGCCUCGCCGGGAGCUGGGAGCGACGCUCAGGGCCCGCAGUUUGGCUGGGAUCACUCGCUUCACAAAAGGAAAAGACUCCCCCCAGUGAAGAGAUCCUUAGUGUACUACCUGAAGAAUCGAGAAAUCAGGCUACAGAAUGAAAGCAGCUACUCUAGAGUGUUGUAUGGUUAUACAGCACAGCAACUUCCCAGUCUCCUGAAGGAGAGAGAGUUUCACCUUGGGACCCUUAAUAAAGUGUUUGCAUCUCAGUGGCUGAAUCAUAGGCAGGUGGUGUGUGGCACAAAGUGUAAUACGCUAUUUGUAGUUGAUGUCCAGACAAGCCAAAUCACCAAGAUUCCCAUUCUGAAGGACCGAGAGCCUGGAGUUGUGACCCAGCAGGGCUGUGGUAUCCAUGCCAUUGAACUGAAUCCCUCUAGAACACUGUUAGCCACCGGAGGAGACAACCCCAAUAGUCUUGCCAUCUACCGGCUGCCUACACUUGAUCCUGUAUGUGUGGGAGAUGAUGGACACAAGGACUGGAUCUUUUCCAUUGCAUGGAUCAGCGACACUAUGGCAGUAUCUGGCUCACGUGAUGGUUCAAUGGGACUCUGGGAGGUGACAGAAGAUGUGUUGACCAAAAGUGAUUCAAGGCACAAUGUGUCACAGGUACCUGUGUAUGCUCACAUCACUCACAAGGCCUUAAAGGACAUCCCGAAGGAGGACACAAAUCCUGACAACUGUAAGGUCCGCGCUCUGGCCUUUAACAACAAGAAUAAGGAAUUGGGAGCAGUAUCGCUGGAUGGCUACUUUCAUCUCUGGAAGGCUGAAAAUACACUAUCUAAGCUGCUCUCCACCAAACUGCCAUAUUGCCGUGAGAAUGUGUGUCUGGCCUAUGGUAGUGAAUGGUCAGUAUAUGCUGUGGGCUCCCAAGCUCAUGUCUCCUUUUUGGAUCCAAGGCAGCCAUUAGGCAACAUCAAGUCUGUCUGCUCCAGGGAACGAGGCAGUGGCAUCCGAUCAGUGAGCUUCUACGAGCAGAUCAUCACUGUGGGCACAGGACAAGGCUCCCUGCUGUUCUAUGACAUCCGAGCUCAGAGAUUCCUGGAAGAGAGACUCUCAGCUUGUUAUGGGUCCAAGCCCAAACUAGCAGGAGAGAAUCUAAAACUAACCACUGGCAAAGGCUGGCUGAAUCAUGAUGAAACCUGGAGGAAUUACUUUUCGGACAUUGACUUCUUCCCUAAUGCUGUUUACACCCACUGCUACGACUCGUCCGGAACGAAACUCUUUGUGGCAGGAGGUCCCCUCCCUUCAGGGCUCCAUGGCAACUAUGCUGGGCUCUGGAGUUAAUGACAACUAAUUCUCUCCCAAAAUGCAGAGAUUUACACUAACUUCCAUCCUCAGUUUCUUUGUUUAUUCUUUUGGCUUGUUGUUGGUUUUUUGUUUUUUUUUUUUCCCCAAUUGUGUGAUGCCCUCAUACUUUAGUGGGAUCACCAGAGUUGACUUAGUGGCCUAGGCACUACAUAAGAAGCAGCUCUGUACCGAAAUCUGAAGGCUUUUGGUUUUUUUCCUCUUUUGGUAAUCAGAAUUUUACUCUUUCUGGCUUCCCAACCAAAUGUUAAUCCUUAUUUGUAUUUCUUUAAGUGACACACACUUUCCUGUCUUGGACUUCUUUAGACUGACGUAGUCAUUCUCACCCUUACUUCACUCUUGAGAGGUAGGGCUCCUUUAUAAUUACGUGGUUGCUGUCAAACUUUCUGUGAAAGUUUGGGAGCUGUGUGUAUGUGCGUGUGUACACCUGUGUGCCUGUAUGUACUGUGUGUCACUGAAAUUACCUGGAGUGAGGAUUACUUGUAAUUAAAAUAUUUAUAAAAGAAACAACUUUAUUCACAAAGUCCAGUUUUGGACUGAUCUUUAUCUUGUUUUUUUAAAUCUAAUAGCACUGAUUAUAGGAAGUAAAAGCAGAAAGGAAAACAAAUUACCACCAGGAAGACCCUUUGAGUUAGAUAGGAGGCUUCCUGGGGACUUUCAUGCAGCACUCCAAAGUGAUCGCUCCCCCACCUGUCUUCCCAUCUGUGUGUCCCCCAGGUGAGGACACUUCUGUGUCACUUCCACUUCCCUUUUGCCAAUUUUUGCAUAGUCAAUUGCCACUCCCCCAAAACAUCAGUGUCUCCAUCUAGAUGCGACUCUGGAGACUGCAGAAGGCUUGGUUUGACUUAGUUAAGAGAUUCCCAUCUCAGCCUCCCUCUCCCUCUCCUCAAACAAGACCUGAUCUGGUAUCUCUGGGGCUUGGAGCUGAAGGCCUGAAACCGGCUAAAAUUCGUAUACUUGGUCCCCUUGGUUUUGAGGAGAAACUUCCCCUAUGCCAUUCUUCCAGUCUCCUCAAUGGGUUUUGCCAUUGUUUUCUAAAUUGGGUUCAUUCAGUUAAGGAGGGUGGGGGUAAGGAGAGGGUUUAUCAGUGUGUAGUGAGUGUUUCAUGUGUGGAAUGUUUGUUUCUUACUACAGUGGGACUGGGGUUGAAACCACCGCUCCCACUCUGUUGGCUCAGUCCUGAGAUGAUGAUGGGGUGGCUUAUAGCCAGCAACAUUGUGCAUGUGAAAGCAUCUGUAAUUAGUAAUUUAUUCCUCCCUUGAGCUGUUUAGUCUGAGGUUUUUUAACUUGCAGGCAACUAACUGACCACGUCGUCCAGUUAUUCCUUGCUUUUUACACACCAUGUUGCAGGUAACAGCUGUUCCACCCACAGAUCCCUCCUUCAUUCUAAGCACAUACUUGGCUUCUGUCAGAAGCCCACCUGAGGAAAGGAAAAAUCAUUUAUUCCUGCCCUCCAGUUUCCAAGUUGCUCUCCCAAUUAUCCCCUCUGCUCUGGGCAUAAAUGGAGAAAAUGAAAAGAAAGAAUGUCUUCCCCCAGAGGAUAGGCACUAAGAGAGAGGAGAGAAAGCAAGUCCAUCCUAUCUUGGUGGUACAAGGCAUGCAUCACAGGUUCUAGAAUUCUCAUCUUCUAACCUAGAGAAAUAGGUGCUAUAAAACAGGGAACUAAAGCAAAGUGCUGGAUGCUAUAGAUCUUUUAAUUGUCUUAAUUUUUUCUAUUAUUAAACUACAAGCUGUAGAUUUCUUAGUUCUCAGAGAACUUCUAUCAUUUUAAACUGACUUGUAUAUUUAAAAAAAAUCUGAAGUAGGAUGUUUUGUAACGUUGCCAGACCCUCUUCUGUGAUGGGUAAUAUGUUUGAUUGUUUGAGAUUUUGUUUUUAAAAAUGUAGCACUUGACUUUUGGGCAAGUAAAAAAAUAAA